AUGACAUAUCUUACUAUUGUUAGUGUCAUGAUCUUGUGGGAAUGUACAUACGCUGCCAUGUCAAAAACAUUGCAUGAAUCAUCGAUUGUUGAAGCACACCAACAAUGGAUGAUUAAAUAUGGACGCACAUACCCAAAUAAUUUUGAGAUGGAAAAACGAUUACAAAUAUUUAAAGAAAAUUUGGAAUACAUAGAGAAGUUUAAUAAGGUGGGUAAUAAGAGUUACACACUUGGCUUAAAUCAAUUCUCAGAUUUAACUAGCGAAGAGUUUUUGGCUUCAUAUACUAGAAAUAAAGUUCCAAGCCAACUUUUUUCCUCCAAAAUGAUAUCAAAUACAAAAUUAUUUAAUGUGACUGAUGAAGUUCCAACAAAUUUUGAUUGGAGGCAACAAGGAAUGGUCACCGAUGUUAAGAAACAAGGCACUUGUGGAUGUUGUUGUGCUUUUGCCGCGGUGGCAGCUGUAGAAGGGAACAUACAACCAACAACUCAAAUAAGUAAUUGGAAAUCUGUAACUACCAAUGAUGAAGAACAAUUACUGCAAGCUGUGGCACAACAACCGAUAGGAGCUCUUAUCGCAUUCGGUGAGGAAUUUCAUGCAUACAAAGAAGGAAUAUAUACUGGACCAUGUGGAAAAUUUAUUAACCAUGCGUUACUUAUAGUUGGUUACGGUGAAAGUGAAGGAAAGAAAUAUUGGUUGAUUAAGAAUUCAUGGGGUACAGGAUGGGGUGAGAAUGGCUACAUGAGGUUGCUAAGAGAAGGUGAUGGAACUUCAGGUCAUUGUGACAUUGCAACGUAUGUUGCUUACCCUGCUGUCUAA